CAGUCUACCAUCUGCAUCAAGCAGCUUGCAUAUAGUAUGCUGGAAAUGGUGCUUGUUUCAGUCUUUCCAGAAUUAAGUGAUGUGAUGCUCGACAUUCAUGACAAGGCACGUAAACAGUCCUAAGAAUGAUCAAUGAAGGCGUCGACGCAAUUGCUACCGAACGAAGGGGCCCGUUCUGGUUCCCAUCACCUUAUCUACAUCCUGCUGCUUGGCUACAAUAUGAAGUGAGCUCGAAUUCUCUUCUGCACUGCAAUUGGAAUGCGUAUCCGAGCCAUGUCGAGGCACCAAACAUCAUGGCGAACUCCUCCCGUGGCAGCCGCGACACCUCCGGCAGCGGCGGCUGCUGCUGCAAACUCCUCUGCAGCCUUGUUCAGCUCGUCAUCUCCCUCGGCCUCGUCGUCUUGAUCUGGUGGCUCAUUUUCCACCCUCGCCUCCCCCGGGCCUCCGUCCAAGAGGCCCAGCUCAUGUCGUUCAGCCUCGCCGACAACUCCACCGCCCUCCUCUUCAACCUCACCGUCGGCCUCGCCCUCCGCAACCCCAACAAGCGCGUCGGCAUCUACUAUGACUCCUUGGUGGUUGCCGCCCUCUACCACGGGGUUCUGCUGCAAACGGCGCCGCUCCCGACAUUCUACCAGCACCACAAGAACACCACCGCGUUCCGCCCGGAGUUCGGCGGCAAAGCGACCGACGCCGGCUCCGUGGCCGUGUUCUACGGGAAAGAGAAGUCGGAGCGGAGGGACUUUAACUUCGAGGUGAAGCUCCGCGCCAGGAUAAGGAUGAAGGUGUGGUUCAUCAAGAUCGGCCACUUCAACCCCGUGUUCGACUGCAAGGUGCGCGUCCUGGUGCCGCAGGACGGCGGCAUGUCCGCCACGUUCCGGAUCUCGGAGUGCGACCGUUGAUCCACCGCCUUGUGAUUUCCCUUGGUGAGGGGAAGCCAUUCAUCUUUCGUUCUUGUGUUGUGUCGUUGGCUGCAAGAGGCCAUGUGAGGCCGCGUGUUGUUUGGAUCUGUUUCCGUCUUGCUUAUGAUAUCAAUUCAUUGACUCCUCCGAAGUCGUUCUUUUU